UGCGCGCGGUAUAUACAGUGUCGGCGCGUCUCUGCUACUCGCUAGAUAGGUUCAGUCGCUUGCUAGCCGUCGUGGGGUGAACAACGCGUCGUGCGCCCCGUCACUCACGUGCCACACGCAGUAUGUGCCGCGACCAAACUGACUCUCAUUGAUCAACAUGGACUUUCAAAGUGCGAUGGAGACUUUUGCUGAAGCCUGGGUUGCCGCGAAUACCAAGACUGCUGAAAAUGGACCUCAGAACCAAGCCCUGGCCCUGAUCACCAACCGGGAGUCCAGAACGCCGCCUGAGUCGCCAGCCUCCAUCAGGUGUUCCCCAGCGCCGCCGCCUCCACCACCGCCCCCAACUGCCUCCACACCUCCGACGACGGCCCCCGGCCCUGGCUACCCUCCGCACCUCACCGACGACGCUAAGAAUGGAGGCAAGUCGCUGCCUGUCCAUUGCAUAGUGGAGUCCGUGGCGUCCCUGCAGCAGUGGAAGUCCAUCAGGAAUACUCGCAGGACAGUCCUGGAGACGGACAGUUACGUCAUCAUCCCGGUCAACACCACAUUCCAGGACCUGGUCCAGGUGGCGCUCCAGAGACUGGGGUAUCCCAAGGAGAACGCUUCUGCGGCCAAAGGAUCCGUAGUGAUAAAGAACUGGAAACCCCUCAGUUUCGACAAGAUCGCAGAGAGUCCUCUAGUCACAGUGGGAGAUAUACUGGGAGAACUGACCACAGUCGCCACUCUUCGGAUACAAAUCUUCAGGCCUCGGACCAGCGUGCUGACAGAUAUGAAGGAUAAGCUGCUGAGACUGCUGCUGGUACAAUCACACGCUCUGCUACUGUCCUCAGGAUGUCCCUUGGAUGAGAUGACGUUGUCCCAGCUGGUACGCAACCAGUGUGGACCCCUCAACAUGUUCGAGCCGCAGGAGGAGGUGCGUCGCAAGUUUGACCAGUGGUGGUCCAUGCAGCUCAACCAGCAGCUCAGCCCCAGACCUAGGUUCCAGUGGCACUCACCCCCUCCCACUGAUCCUGAGAGGAAGUACGAGAGGGGUGUGGAGGAAAGGGUGCAUCCAGCUCUACAGACUGUCCAAAACCAGUAUCCCACACAAAAAACUCGAAUGAGAACCAGUUUCGAUCCAGAACUUGAACUUCCAAAAUUGCAAAGAUGGUUCUUGGAAAACCAACAUCCUAGUCGCCAACAGAUCCAGCAGUAUGUUAAGGAACUGAACAACCUAGAGUCACGAAGAGGAAGAAAACCUCUGGAUGUGAACAACGUUGUGUAUUGGUUCAAAAACGCAAGAGCAGCCCAGAAGAGGGCGGAAGUGAGAAAUAUGACUCCAGGUAUGCACUGUCACCUGUCAUUAAACGGAUACAACAGCAGCAGUCAGAGUCCUAGCUCUCCUGUGUACAUGAUGAAGUCUCCCGUAAGUGUCCAUGAGGAUGAGGAUGACGAGGACCAGGAUAGAUCCUCACCCAUAGGACCUCUGUCACUGACCACCACCUCCCGGAACAGUCCCUCCCCCUCACCACGACUGCAGCGACCUGCAUCAACUGACCAGGUAGAAGGAGUUAAACAAGAACCCCCAGACCAGGAAUUACAGUCUUCCCGACAGUCUCCAAACAACCACCUAAACAACAAUAACAACAACAACAACAAGGACUUGAACAACGAAAUGUCAAAUGAAGACGAUGAUGAAAUGGAAGAUGUCGGAUCUGAAGGAGAGGAUGGAAGCAAGGCGGGAGAAAACCAAAGUCCCGAUGAAGAAAACAGGAUUCAAGCCUUCAGAAACCCAGGUUCUCCGGACCUAUCGCUGAUCCCGAGGACAUCCACUGCUGGCUUCCCCAUGAUGCCUCACUCCACUCCGCCUCCGUGGUUCAGCCACAGCAUCAUGUACAUGAGCCACUACAUGCCCAACCUCAACUCCGGUCACAACCCCGCACAAAGUUCUCCACAAGGAUUGAAUCUCUCCGCUUUGGCUGACGAGAGAAGGAAACGUAACAGGACCUUCAUUGAUCCUGUGAGUGAAGUCCCCAGGUUGGAGCAGUGGUUCGCGAUGAACACUCACCCGUCCCACAACCUCAUCCUCAAGUAUACCGAUGAUCUGAACAGAAUGCCGUACCGGCAAAAGUUUCCGAGGUUGGAACCAAAGAAUGUUCAAUUUUGGUUUAAAAACCGACGAGCAAAGUGUAAAAGACUGAAAAUGUCACUGUUUGACAGUCCCGAGAGUGGACUAGCUUCGCAGCAGUCUUACAACCAUCUACACUUGGCGGCCGCUCUGUCUGGGGAAAACUACCCUCCCAGAGACUGAGCUCUCAGCCAAGAGAAUGUGAUACCUUUGACUACGA